AUGUAACAUUAUAUAUAUAGUGACUACCUUAUAAUCAGUAUCAAAACCACAACUUUCAGACACAUAUAUAGUUCACUGCAAUCUAUUGCUCACUUUCUUUUCGCCCACAAAAAUGUCAUCAACCCGUCGCAGUAAUAGUAGGAGACACACACUUCCUCUUUCUUCUUGCAACAACUGCAACAACACUGAGAACAAAGAUUACAGCCUCAGCCUCCUCCCUUACUUUGCUUAUCUAAACCUCACAAUUAGCAGUAUGAGCACAAUCUACCGUGCCUAUAUCCACAACGACUUGGCCAUGAUCAUUUUCAUAGUUUUUGUCUACUUCGCAUACUUUAUGUUGGACCAUUGUUUCACUGUGUUCAAUAAGUUGCCCCCAAAUGAUGACUCGCAGAAGAAAGAGUUCCUGAAGUUCACUAUCUGUGUUUUGUCUACCUCCAUCUUGUUCGGCUUUGCGUGUCAAUUCGCUACGUUUUUAAGCUUGGCUGCUAGCUUGUCUAUCUUUCUUGUUGUAAUUGCAAGUAGCUUCUGCCUCUUCUAUGUGUACUUUGUCUAUGAUGACCCCAAAAUGUUUCGGAGCUCUCGUCCUAAAAACGAAAAAGUGAAUAGCAAGAAAACCAAGCAAACCAAACCCUUUUUGGAAAUUGUCUAACUCCUUCGGAAAUUAAUAGUAAAAUCCUUAUUCUGUACCUAGCAAAAUCCUAUAUCAAGUUUGUUUCCCUGAAAAAACCAAAAGAAAACCCGACAAACCCUACCUGCCACUCUCAGUGUUAGAUGAGGGAAGAAAACAGGGACGGUGACAGUUUUGAGUUAAGGGGAAGAUUUAUUAGUAGUUGUGUGAAGUAGUUUUUUAGCUUUUGACUUUGUUAAACUUUUGAUUUUGCUAAUAUUUAGCUAUUGAGUUUUUUGUUUUU